AUGUACGGUAACCAGCGUGGCGAUUGUGGCCCCAUGGAAAUUCCAGAUAAGUCGCAGUGUACACAGGGCGGUGGCGAUGUGGACGCUAAUCUGGCCAUCUACACGGAAGCCACUCUGGACCACAUCAUGAGCGAGAUGUCGAAGCAAGGGGAGUGCUUCCAGCAAAUGAACAAAAACAAUUAUCCGGGCGGCUCUCCCAUCAAUUCGUUGGAUGACUGCAACCGCGAGUUGAAUCGCCUGAGGAACUUGCUGAACGAGAAGGACGGCGAAUUGGGGGAACUUUACGAUGAGAACGACUGCCUCUGUGUGGCUGCCGAAGAGAGCAGAAAGAAACUCGGAGAUCUGGACGAGAAAGUCAAAAAACUGGACGAUGACACCCGGAUCAUGGAGCAGGGCUUCUCCGAGAGCAUUGGCAUCAUUCGGGAAAUCGGAGAUGUGGCCGUGGAAAACGAAACUCUCAAGACUCAAGUGAGCCAACUCAAAGACAGUGAGGCCCAGAAGCUGUUCGAUGAUCUGAGCAAGCAGCUCGAGGACUGCAAGAAAAAGACUCAGCUUCUCGAAGAGAAGAAUAAGACUCUGGGCAAUGACCUCAGAAAACUCGGUGGGGAUCCGGACGCCAUCGAGAGAGAAGUUGAAAAAAUGGCAGCGAAGGAAGCAGCGAAGGAGGCAGCGAAGGAGGAAGCGAAGGAGGCAGCGAAGGAGGCGGCACAAAAGGCCGCGGAUGUCAAAACGCCUGAUGGAAAAGACUCUAAAAAAGGUGCAGGUCAAGAAAGACCUGGAGAAGACGGGCUUGGAAAAGCUGAAGAGUCCGGGGGAAAACGAUUACCCGCAAAAGACGAUGAGAAAGUGCUAAAAAAAGUUGGAGAAGUAGGAGAAGACGGUGGAAAAGGGAAAGGAUUACCUGGAGAAGAAGACAAGAAAGGUCCAGGAAAAGCCAGAGGAGAUGACGACGAGACUGGGCUAGGAAAAGCCGGAGGAGCCGGAGGAGCCGGAGUAGCCGAUGGAAAAGGUAAAGGAGAAGCCGAUGAAAAGCCGCUUGGAGAAGCCGGAAAAUUAGGACAGCAAGGACCUGAUGGAAAGGGGAAGGGAAAACCCGUGGACAAAACUGACGGCAAAGGACCAGGAAAAACCGGCGAUGACGACUUGGAUGCAGAAGAUGGAAAGGCGGGAACAUCUAAGCCCGGUGGCGGCAAAGGGUUACGCCCCAGUCAGGCACGACCCGGAAAGGGCCAGAAAAAGCGGGGAUCCCAUGGCUCAGACCUGGAGGGAGCAGAAGAACAAUUCGACGAUUUUGUGCGGAACACUGUUAAGACCCUAUCGGCUGGCGAGAUCGAUGGCUGUGGGUUGGAGAAGGAGCUGCGCAAAAUCCUCGACAUGUUCGUCGAAGAGUGCGGAUUUUGCUUUUGCAAGUGCAACAUACCCAACAGCCGCUUCUACGCCAUCUGCCACAAGCUGUACCACCGUGGCCUGACGUCCCUGAACUUCACCGAGCUGGCCUACAUCCACAAGCGUAUCUACGCUGCGGCCGAGUAUAUUCUACCCGGCUGCCUGUUCAACACCCUGCUCCAAGAGGUGACUGCCUCCGAAUGCCCCGAGAAAAAGCCCAUCAGUCCCAAACCCACAACAGGCGAAGUGCUACUGCGAUCCCAAAGAGGGGCACCUACUGAAAAAGGUGAUACGCCUGGAGACCGACAUAGAGAACGCCAAGGUGUGUCUGAAGCACUUGAAGAAUAUGCCAAAAGUCUUAAUGCCUCCCAAGAGUCGCACCAGUGA